AUGUCGCCCACACGCUCGUUCUCGUCACUCGUUAUCGCCGGGCUCUUCUGCUCGUCCGCUUUCGCCGCUCCGUGGAUCAUCACCGAAUAUAACCAGGGCGUGCCGGCCACUUACUACCACGUGGGCGACGAUCUACAUGACACUGCGCACGUCUCCACGAGGAUCGAGGCGAUCACGCCCACCGUGACCUCGCUGCCCGAAGCGCUCUCCACGGUCACCCAAUACAACUCGUACCUCUACCAAACCGAGCCGUAUGAGACAGUCGUUCAAGUACUAUACCCCUCGGGUGUCGGCGAGCCCGCCGACUACAACUACCAAGAAGACUACUACCACUCCACGAUCUUCGUCGUCGACCUGACCUACACCGCACCAACCGGCUGUGCCUCGGACUGGACAACCACGACAUCGACUACAGUCACUGUGCCAGACGCAACCAUUGAGGCCCUGCUUCCGCGCACCAAAACCUCCGCCUCGAUCUCUAUCAAUACCGACUCCGCAUUUCGGCCCACCACUUACACCUACGACUACGUCUGGGUCAACCCAACCCAACUCCCCAGUUCGUCGCUCGCCUCUCUCCGCGACACGAAUUUUCCUACGGCCCUCUACACCGCCGAUAGCUGCGCCUACACCGCCAACAGUGGUGUGACUUACAGCACCAACUCCGGCUACUACGGCGGCUACUAUGGCGAUUACUACUACGACUACUACGGCAUCAGCCCUCUCGCCAUCCUCCUCAUCUCGGUUCUCGGCUGGAUCGUCCUCUGGUUUCUCCUCGGCAUCAUCGAAUCCUGGGUCCGCUUCCGCAGACUCAUGCUGGGCUGGCAAACGCGUCGCGGCUUACCCGUUUGCUGGUGCAUGACCCUCCUCCCAAUUUCCUUGUGCUGUCUCUUCGGCUUCCGCAAGGGCUUCCGCGCCCGGAAUGCAGCUGAUGCCGCGAUUUUGAAACAACGCUGGGACAAGAUGAGUGCCUGGCGCAAGUUUAGUCUGUUUUGGAUCUGGGGAUUCCGCUACAAGUACCCGACUGUCCUCGGUCCGGCCCCGCUUAGGGUAAAGGCGAGUAAGCGGCCUGGAAAGGAGGUUGCGCCGCCGCUUUUGCAGGGGUCGCCCCCGCAGACGGCGGAAGGGGAGCGGGGUGCGUCUGUUUCUGCUGGUGAUCCGGAGAUGGGGCUGGCGAACCCUCAGCCGGUGCCUUUGCAGCCCAUUCCGAGGGCUUUUGUUCCAAGGGCCACGGGGGCGUUGAGGACGGAGGAGAUUGGGCGGGCUCAUUCUUGUUGA